UGCCUGCUUUACACAUCCCUGGGAAUGAUUCAUUCCAAACGAUACUUUUACAAUCGCGUUCCACUGUUGCCAUCGUUACUCGACAGCAACAUUCUUGAUGACAUCACAAUGACACCUGUCCCGGCCCCGCCCCCCGCUGCCACCAGCAGCCAUUCAUUAAUUUCAGGAGGCGGGAGGCGUCAGCGCGUAGUGACGCAGCAGUAGCAGCAUCGAGCGGUGGGUUCUUGCAGGAGUCAGUCAGUCAGCCAGCGAGCGCGAUACUGUAACAGUGCAGCUACCUACCUACCUACCUACCUACCUACCCAGCUACCUGCCUAGCUGCCUGCAGUGGAGUUUCAGCGGUGCAUGGUUCACGUAUACAGCGGGGGAGAGAAGACCAUGUCCAAGUACCACAGGACGCCCGCCAGAACUAUGGACAAUCUUAUCGAAGUGAAGAGCAAGUUCGAUGCUGAAUUCCGAAGAUUUGCUCUACGUUCCAACGUUGGGGGUUUUCAGGAAUUUUACCAGCUGAUUCAAGCCGUCCAUCAGAUCCCGUACGUGGACGUAUUGCUGGGAUAUACCGACAUCCACGGGGACUUGCUGCCCAUCAACAACGAUGACAAUUAUCACAAAGCGGUCUCCUCUGCCAACCCUUUACUGCGAGUCAUCAUUCAGAGACGGGCUGAAGGUGACUGCGGGGCGUUUGGAACCAAUUCUCUCCUACGCAAGAAGAAAGGUCUCCAUGUGCUACGGCCUGUCUAUCACAAGUCAAAGCCUCACAUCUUGAUUGGAAUGCCGCAGGAUUUCCGACAGAUCUCUUCCAUUAUUGACGUGGACAUCCUUCCAGAAACUCACCGCAGGGUCCGUCUUCACAAACACGGCUCUGACAAACCACUUGGAUUCUACAUUCGCGACGGGGUGAGUGUACGGGUGGCCCCUCAAGGAGUGGAAAAGGUCCCAGGUAUCUUCAUCUCCAGGCUUGUCCGAGGUGGCUUGGCGGAGAGCACUGGCCUGCUUGCGGUGAACGAUGAAAUACUCGAGGUCAACGGGAUUGAUGUCGCCGGGAAGUCACUGGACCAAGUGACCGACAUGAUGGUAGCGAACAGUCAUAAUCUGAUCAUUACCGUGAAGCCAGCAAAUCAACGCAAUAAUGUCAUUCGCACCAGCAGGGCCUCUGGCAGUUCUGGUGUUUCCACGGACAGCAGUCCAAGCCAGCACAAUGUCAUAGCUACUUCACACUAUGCCAACCACUACAGUGCAGCUGAAGGAGAGAGUGAAGACGAAGGCGAUCUAAUAAUUGAAAACGACAUGCCAUCAUACAUUCCAAAAACAAUGUUCCCAAACUAUGUGAAUGGAGAUCUUACAAAAAAGCUGCAGCAUAACCUCUCCCUAAACAGCCCACUGUUAGACAGCAAAGAAAACAAAUAUAAAGGGUCUUUAAACUCUUUGAACAUACACAGUGACAGUCCCAGCAAAAUAAGUUCAGGCCAUGGAAACAUGCGAGAAGAUGGAACAAUGAUAACACUAUAGACAAUUUUCCUUUAUAAUCACUUUUAUAUAACAUUUCCAAGUCCUUUGUGGUUAAACCUGACUUAAGCCUUGUUAAGGAGGUUGGAAUCCAAUCAAUUUUCACAAGAAUAUUUGACGCCGAUGGUGAAUCUGGAGGUUAGAAGUAUUUAUGAAAGAAAAAUCGUAAUCGCUUGUAUGAAGGAUCUUUGACGAAGAAUUGUGCGUAUUCGCAUCAUGUUUCAUUUUCGAUGGCAAUUAAAUGUCCAAGAUUCUGUUUAGAAGCCAACCUCUCGAACUGCUUCCUGUUUAAUAAAACUGGAAUGCAUCAUAUUAUGGAGCAGCAUUUGAGCAGAUGUUACCUGCAAUUGGAGACAAAUGUAUCUUGUGAAAUUGCAAUACAAGCGUUUUUAAAAAUGCGGGUUCACUAUCUUCAUAUCAUGGAACCUGUGCAUUUGCAUCAGUGACCUCAUUGUUACAAAUGUAAACUUACAAACUACUUAUUCAGCAUUAUUUGCAUUUAUCCAAUUUGAGAGCAGGUGUCCCCUUUUUCCUAUGGAAAACAAUUAUGAAACUGAUUAAACGUGGACAGGAUCUUCAGUGGAGCAUAAACCUUUCGUGAAGUAGCUGCUCUGCUCCCUAAAAGGAUAUUUGAGAGCUUUGCAAUUUUAAACUUGUGGAUUUCCUGCUGUAAGGCAGAUUCUUCCUUGGUGGUAUGAGGGUUUCCUGUAUUGUAUUUUUUUAACCUACCUGUAUCUUAAAUUUUAAGAAACCCUGCUGGCUUCAGUACCUUUUAAAACCAUGCUGCUUGACAUAUUCUUUCUGUAUUGCACACAUUUUGUACUUUCCUCUCCUUAAACAGAGCACUGUUCGACACUGAGAUAAGUAACCAUCAAUAAUACUCCAACUACUGUGUACAUUAAAUGACAAAGAGCACUUUUUAAAUUGGAAUACUUUCAGAAAAAGAUCAGUGUAGUUACGUCCAAGGAUAAUUUUUCUCUACAGCGUACCAUAAAUUAAUUAAUAAUAAAGCUUCUGAUUUUUAAUCUUUCAUUAAAUGGAUAUUCUCACUGACAAACCUAGGGCACACAAGGCAGCAUUGUCAUCUAAAGAGCUUCACAAUGUCUGUAAUUGGGGUUUAAAUUAUAUGGAAACACUUGGGAAUGAAUUUGAAGACAUUUCACUUUUUAUCCACAUAAAUAUCGUGACAAUUUUGUUGUUGAGGUUUUGGGAUAGUCUAAACUUGACAAACAUGUUGGUAAUUAGAAGAUAGGCACAAAGUGCUGGAGUAACUCAACGGGUCAGGCAGCAUCUCUGGAGGAAAAAGGAUGCAUAAUGUUUUGGAAAUGUGCAGAAGGGUCCCAACCAGAAACGUCACCCGUCCUUUUUCUCCAGAGAUGCUGCCUGAUCCGUUGAGUUAUUCCAGCACUUUGUGUCUAUCUUUGGUAUGACCCAGCAUUUGCAGUUCUUUUCUACACAGGUUGGUAGUUUAGUAUCGGCACGUUCAUUUCCAGCAGAACUGGAUGCACUUUGUUAGAGUAUAAUUGUGCAACUUUACUAAUCAUUUAAAAAUAGUAGAAAAUUAAGUACGAGCUCCUUGUAUGGACCCUGUAGGUGAUCUUGGUAACCUGGAGCCUUUAACAAUUAAAAUGGAGAGCACAUUGUCAAGACACAGCAAUUAAUUUUAGUCUUGUCCACCCUGUCAGUUUCGAGGCCUAAUCCAUUACUUUAAACCUAGAGUCUGAUCAUUGUUGACUGCUGGAUUCCCAACAAUAAUCAAAAUGUACCUCUCUGCACACUUAAAGUAUUAAGCACAAUGACUGCAGUUUUCAUAAGCUUCCUGUAGAAUGAGCAGCUUUUAUUUUCCAUCAAAAUAAAACUGGGAUUGCCAAAAUCUUUGAUAUAACAUUUCCUCUACUUAGUAGUUCUUAAGUGAGGAUGAAAACCACUAUGGAAAUGCUUCCGGUAAUUGUAAAUUGUCAUCAUUUAAAUGUUAUAGGGCUAUAGCAGUCAACCAUAGUUGUAGGCAAAAUGUGAUUGAUUUUUAUUUUUUGGAUCAUUUUUUGUAAUUAUUUCUGCUGCACAUCACUACAUUUAAAGGUUUUUCUUUGUGGUAGUUCUGAGCCAGCAGGGUUCCAUGGUGGGGUGUGACUUUGCUGAAUUUCUUUUAGAACAUGUACGUAUUUUUUGAUUUGUUAUGCAUCAAAUCUGUUUAGUAAAGAGAUGAGAGCAAUUUUAUCUAACUGGGGAUAUUUUGUAAUUUUUUAAUGAAAUGAGGGCAGUAUUUUUCUUACUUUUUUGUAUUUGACCCCACUCAAUCCUUGGUCUCUAUUUGACUUCCCAUAACCUAUACUACCUUGUAUUUAUCUUAUUUAACAGAUGAGCAGUCGUGAAGAUUGAGAUUGCAGAACAUUGUGAAUGUUCCAUAGAUGUACGUUGAUUAUUCAAAUAAAAGUUCUAACAUGCACCAAAA